CGCCUCUCAAAGACCUCGAAAACCAACGGUGGCGAUGCUUCGCCAUGGUGGGCCCCGUGGCGCCUCUCACAAUCGAGCGCCAACGUCGCCGCACGCGCCUCCUCCCCUCCCCCUCUUUCCCUCGGCGACCCACUUCACGUGCACCUCACGUGACCCCCGGCGCCUUUCGCCGCUCUUUCCACUUACCCACCUCUCCGUCGAACCCUAACCCCAACGACGACGAUUAAAUAAGACGUCAAACAAGGACCAAGAACAAGAAAGAGAAGAGGGCCAAGGCAAAGUAGGGCUUGGAUCCGAGAGAUGGACAAGAGGGAGGCGGCGUCGACGAGGCCGCCGAACCCGGCGCUGCCGUACCGCGAGGACUGCUGGAGCGAGGGGGAGACGUCGGCGCUCGUCGACGCCUGGGGCGACCGAUAUGUCGAGCUAAACCGUGGGAACCUCCGCCAGAAACAGUGGCAGGAGGUCGCCGACGCCGUCAACUCCCGCAGCGGCGCCGGCCGCCGCCCGCCGCGCACCGACGUACAGUGCAAGAACCGGAUCGACACCCUCAAGAAGAAGUACAAGGUAGAGAAGGCCCGGAUCGCCGGCGGCGGCGAGAGCCAGUGGCCCUUCUUCUCCCGCCUCGAGGCUCUCGUCGGAUCCGCUCCGCCCCCGGCCGCGAAGAAGCCCUCCGCCUCGCCGCCGCUCGCUCUGCCGCUCCCUUCCCACCGCAAGGGCUCCGCCUUGCCCGCGGCUCUCGCACUGCGCCCGGCGGAGCCGAGGGAGAAGCGUACGGCGGCUGCCACAUCGUCGUUCCCGGUGGACAACCCGUUCUUCAGGCGCGCGGCUGCGGCUGCUGCGGCGGCCGCGGAGGAUGACGAGGACGAGGACGAGGAUGAGGAUGAGGAGGAUGAGGGAUCGGCGUCUCUGUCAAGGUCAUCGUCGAGGUCUGGAAAGAAGCCGAAGCGGGGGAGGGAAGGAGAGGGCAACGGGAUCCGGGAACUGGCUAGGGCGAUUAUGAGUUUUGCGGAGAUCUAUGAGAGGGUGGAGGAGUCAAAGCAGAGACAGAUGAUGGAACUGGAGAAGCAGCGGAUGGAGUUUGCAAAGGCGCUGGAGUUCCAGAAAAUGCAGAUCAUCGUGGAUUUACAGGUGCAGCUUGCUAAGAUCAAGCGUGCCAAGCGAUCGGACACUGAUAGUUAUUCAUAGCUGAAUCGAUUGGAGAGAAGAUUUUGAUCGUGUUCGUGCAACUCCAUCACCAUUACACACUUGGAGGACACAGCAACCGAUCGUCAACAACGCUUGAUUGUUCAUCAGAAGCUAUAUGUUAUCGUCGGGUGACAUCUUAGUAUGGUGCCAUCAGUAGUAUCAUUUGAUAAGUAGUUAGGAAGCAGAAGGAUCUGAAGCAUCGUUUGGUUGGUCUGUGCAGAGCCACUGAUCGUAUGCAGACAAGAUUGUGGAUGCCACAUUGCAUCAUACGCAUGUUUAUUUUUGUUUACUGAAGAAGAGUUAGUUGCCUA